UCCGCCUCCCGGGAGGGUGAGUAGGGCCGGCCGCCUGGGCAGGAUUGCUGCCUUCUUGGAGUCGGAGACCCUCCCUUGAAUCCGGCACUGGGACGUCUCACCCUCUCGAGGCACCUGUUGCAGGUGACAGAUGUGUCCCUUGUAAAAUGGCACAUAGCUGGAUUCUAAAAAAUUUUAUCCGGUCUGUUAACCUCUGCAUUUUAAUGGGUAGCUGUGGUGGCUCUCCUGGUCUGGUUGCUUUGAAGAAGGAAGAGUAGAAGAAAAAACAGAAUAACAUGUCAGAGAUACUUGACCUCUCUUUUCUGUCUGAGGUGGAGAGGGAUUUGAUCCUCAGUGUACUACAACGAGAUGAGGAGCUCCGGAAAGCAGAUGAGAAAAGGAUCAGGCGACUGAAGAAUGAGCUACUGGAGAUAAAAAGGAAAGGGGCCAAGAGGGGCAGUCAACACUAUAGUGAUCGGACCUGUGCCCGGUGCCAGGAGAGCCUGGGCCGUUUGACUCCCAAGACCAACACUUGUCGGGGUUGUAAUCACCUGGUGUGUCGGGACUGCCGCAUCCAGGAAAGUAAUGGUACCUGGAGGUGCAAGGUGUGCACCAAGGAAAUAGAGCUGAAGAAGGCAACUGGAGACUGGUUUUAUGACCAGAAAGUGAAUCGCUUUGCUUACCACACAGGCAGUGAGAUAAUUAGGAUGUCCCUGCGCCGCAAGCCUACAGUGAAUAAAAGAGAGACACUGGGACAGUCCCUUCUUCCUCAGUCACAGAUGGAUGAUAUCUGGCCAGGAAGAAGGAUCAUUCAGGAGCAACAGAAGGAACCCAGUGUGCUGUUUGAAGUGCCCAAGCCAAAAAGCGGAAGGAGUGCGCUGGAGGCCGAGAGUGAGAGUCUGGAUAGCUACACAGCUGACUCGGAUAGCCUGACAAGGAGAGACUCUCUGGAUAAAUCUGGCCUAUUUCCGGAAUGGAAGAAGAUGUCUGCCCCUGCAUCUCAAGUGGAAAAGGAAACUCAGCCUGGGGGUCAAAACAUGGUAUCUAUUGAUGAGGGUGAAAUGAUAUUUAAGAAGAACACCAGAAAAAUCCUCAGGCCUUCAGAAUAUACUAAAUCUGUGAUUGAUCUUCGCCCGGAAGAUGUGGGACAUGAAAAUGGCUCCUUGGGAGACAGAAGCAAAUCUGUCCCAGGCCUCAGUGUAGAUAUGGAAGAGGAAGAGGAAGAAGAAGACAUUGACCAUCUGGUGAAGCUGCAUCGCCAGAAGCUAGCCAGAAGCAGCAUGCGAAGUGGUUCCUCCAUGAGUACAAUUGGCAGCAUGACAAGCAUCUAUAGUGAAGCUGGUGACUUCGGCAACAUCUUUGUGACGGGCAAGAUUGCCUUUUCCCUGAAGUAUGAGCAGCAAACACAGACUCUGGUCAUCCAUGUGAAGGAGUGCCACCAGCUGGCCUAUGCAGAUGAAGCUAAGAAGCACUCUAACCCAUAUGUGAAGACUUAUCUUCUGCCUGACAAGUCCCGCCAAGGAAAAAGAAAAACCAGCAUCAAGAGGGACACCAUCAAUCCACUGUAUGAUGAGACCCUCAGAUAUGAGAUCCCAGAAUCUCUUCUGGCCCAGAGGACUUUGCAGUUCUCAGUUUGGCAUCAUGGUCGUUUUGGCAGAAACACUUUCCUUGGAGAGGCAGAGGUCCAGAUGGAUUCCUGGAAGCUUGACAAGAAACUGGAUCAUUGCCUCCCUUUACACAGAAAGAUCAGUGCUGAGUCCCUGACUGGCUUGCCGUCACACAAAGGCGAGUUGGUGGUUUCAUUGAAAUACAUCCCCACCUCCAAACUCCCUGUUGGAGGUGACCGGAAAAAGAGUAAAGGUGGGGAAGGGGGAGAGCUCCAGGUGUGGAUCAAAGAAGCCAAGAACCUGACGGCUGCCAAAUCAGGAGGGACUUCAGACAGCUUUGUCAAGGGAUACCUCCUUCCCAUGAGGAACAAGGCCAGUAAGCGUAAAACUCCCGUGAUGAAGAAGACUCUGAAUCCCCACUACAACCACACAUUUGUCUACAAUGGUGUGAGGCUGGAAGAUCUGCAACACAUGUGCCUGGAACUGACUGUGUGGGACCGGGAGCCUCUGGCCAGCAAUGACUUCCUGGGCGGGGUCAGGCUGGGUGUUGGCACUGGGAUCAGUAAUGGGGAAGUGGUGGACUGGAUGGACUCGACUGGGGAAGAAGUGAGCCUGUGGCAGAAGAUGCGACAGUACCCAGGGUCGUGGGCAGAAGGGACUCUGCAGUUGCGUUCCUCGAUGGCCAAACAGAAGCUGGGCCUUUGAGUCCCCAUCCUCUGAAGGUCCAGUCCUGUCCAGGGCAAGUCAGAGGACAUGAAGAAACCAAGAGCAAAGAUUUAUAAUGUGUGUAUGUUUGUGUGUUAUGUAUGUGUGUGUGUAUAAACACGUAUUUCUACAAUUCUCAUUAUGCUAGAGUCAUGCAGACUCUUUCCCUUUUCUGAAGUAGGCUCAAGAGUAAAGGUCUGUUCCAAAUGUUUUUUAUUUGUGCUUCAUCUAGUAUAUUUCCAGAGUCCAUGCGUAUAUCCUUAUGAUCUUUAAUUAACUUAAAAUCUUUUAAAACAAGCUUUUUAAAAAAAUCCCCUGUCUUGCUUUUCCUCCUUCCCCAGGAAGCUCUGGCUACCUUUGGCAUUCAUACAGGUCUGUGUUGGAAGGUGUGCCUGGGCUGAGGCCAAGGCUCUGGGAAGCAGGGUUGGGUUACUAAAGGUAAGAGAAGAUGGGAGAGAGGUGAACAGGUCUGCCCCCUUCCUUUCAAAUUUCUGUUUUUAACUCCAUUUUUACCUUGAUAAAUUUCUGGAACUUGGCUUUUAACUCUUCUUGUUCUUAAGCAGUUUUUGUAGCACUUGGGUCUCAUGGUUUCCUUUGAAAUGCUAAGAAAAUUCCCAAGUUCCUUCCAGCUCCAGACACCUUCACUAGACCUUUAACAGACCCUUAAAACGGAGCUGCUUUAGAAAAAAAAACACUUUAGUUAGGUAGUGACUGAGUCAUGGACAUGCCCCAAAGGGCUUCUCGGUGGUCUCACAGGACCCGACUGGCUGAGAGUGAAAUGUCUCCCAGCCUGUGCUGCAUUUUUGCAUUUUAUACAGAUACAGCUGUUGUUGGAGAGCUCCUCAUUUCUUUAAUAAAAGACAUCUUCACCUUCAUGUGCCACAUCUUUCUGAGUGCUUGUGACCAUGGUGUGGUACCACACAGAAUAUGGUCUAUGUACUAUAUUAGCCAAGUACUGUCUAAACUGGCCCAGUGUUGGGGUGCCUGGGUGGCUCAGUUGGUUAAGCAUCUGCCUUCGGCUCAGGUCAUGAUCUGGGG